AUGCUCUCAACUGCCAUCGUGCUGGCUUUGGGCGCCACCAUCUCAACCGCGCAGUCCGUGCCGUCGCCUCCUGCGCCGGAAGCUUUUCAGAUUGUUGAGCUCCCACUCCCUCCCGUCGCUCCCAGCAACGAUCAGGGUGCCUGUACAACGGAAAUCAACCCUCGUGGCACUGGCUGUAUCGCCAAAGCCGUAGGCGAAUUCCAGUCAGGAGACUUCACCCCUGACGGCAACAACGUUGUUGUCAAUGUCGAAUUCGUCGGCGGCGCAGCGGGCAGUAUCUACGCCGGCGAGCAGCUCAUUCUUAUCAAGGCUGACGGUACCAACUUCACUUCUGGUGACCCUUGGAAGUGCCUCAGCUGCGGCGUCCCUGCCGCCAAUGCCGUCUCCCUAGACCCCCAGCGAGACUACCCUCACGUCUUCAGAAGCGGUACCAAGGCUCUUUGGGGCCACAACAUCCUCGACUGCGGCGGCGAGCUUCUGGAAAGUAACACAUGCACCCCGAACAACACGCACAUUUAUCCAAUUCACUGGAAUACUGCGGUGGAUGGGUCCGGCAAAGGUGGCAGCCCACGUGAGAUUCGCCUCCACCCCGACGAUGUCCAUAUGGGCUGGAGCUCCUUUACCAACAAUGGCGGCCAGUUUGCUUACUUUGGGCGUCUUGAGUUCAAUGCCAAGCCUACCGUCGGAGAGCCCCUUGCUCCGCGAUACGACUUGGUUGAUGUGAACCUCCUUGUCGACCCUACUCGUUACGAGCCAUACGUUGUCAACGGUACAGAACUGACGAUCCGUGAUGACACCAUCAACGUUGGCGAGCUGCGCGGUUUCAGCGGCAAUGGUGAUGAGAUCACGUACAUUGGCAACCCCCGCGAGUCCAACAAUAUUGAUGUCUUUGCUGUGCACGUCGAGACGGGUGUCGUCCGCAGACUGACCAGCCACCCCGAGUACACGGAUCCCAUGGCCUUCUCAGCCGACAACGAUUGGUUCAUCGCCAUGGACACUCGUGGUACGGACCGCCAGAUGUGGAUGUCAGGCAUGCGUGGAAUUCCCCCGCUCAUCGACCUCGUCGCGGUGACCGUCGCGUCCUCCACGCGCAACAACGGACCCCGGCGAUUUUUCCAGCCCAUCCUGAUCGAUCGCUACGGCGAUCGCGGGGAUUACUAUGGUCAGCAGAUCAACGCCGCGGGCGAUGGCAGCAAUGGCGCCGUCAACGACCCGAACUGGAACGGCCGUGCGGAUCCUGCUUUCUCUCACGACAAUACAAAGAUCGUCUUCUGGCAGGCCCUUGUCGUUUCCCCUUCGUGCGGUGGAGUUAACCCGCUCCCCUGUCCCAAGUCUACUGCCCAGGGAGGACGAGAGUACCGAAUCAUGCUGGCUCACCGCACCAGCCGCAAGCCCACCAGCCCUGCUCCGGUGUACAAGGUUCCCGACCAGAUUCCGUGGGCUACCCCUUUCCCCCCCGGCGCAUCCACCCCGGAUUCUUUUGGGGUGAAGCCCGGCAACUACACUCUUCGUGGCAAGGUCUCUGGCUCUGCGGACGUUGUCAUCACCCCCGACGCAACCAGCGUCAGCGGCCUGGGCAGCGUGUCAGUCAACUACACCGACUUCUCCGACGACGGCGACCACAUCUUGAACGGCCACGAGGACGUGACCGUCAAGAUUUUGCUGCCCAACUUCUGGACCAACCAGGUGGACUGGGUUUCCGACAUCGUUCAGACUGGAGUCGUGAACGCGACGAAGAAGACCGGCCCCGGUGGUUUCCACCUGAUUAUUGAUGCUGAGCUGAACGUCUUUAACGCCAAUGGCACUUUGACUACUACGAUUGACGGUGUUGAGUACACGCAGCCGGCUAAUGGUUCUUAA